CCGGGUCUCUUACUGGAAAGUUUUCUCCCAGCCUUUCCCGAGGCCUGCUGCCGCUGUGAACAGAUUGCUCUGUUUCCUAGGAUACCUUCGUCUUUCUCCAAAACUUUAUUAGUCGUUAGAUCCUUCUACAGAUUCCUCGCACUGACCUGCAAGACUUCUGGGCACAGACCUGCUUUCACAGUUUCUCAUGUCCUUCCAGUGGGUUAAAGGUCCCCAAAUCAUAUCUUCAAACUUAGAUUUUGUAGAUAACAGCUGCCCAAAGAGGAGAUGAUCUUUCACAGUUCCAAUUCCAUCUUCCUAAGGAAAGUUCAUUUUGGGUGCUUUAUUCCUGAAAAUGAUACUUGAUAUGGCAAUAGCUCCUGGAGAGGUGACCACUUCUCUCAUAAUUUUGGUGAUGGUUUUUAUUUUUGUGAGAGUACUUGGGAGUAAGGGGAGAAAGCAGGUGUCUCCUCCUGGCCCAUGGUCCUUCCCCAUCAUAGGAAAUCUUCUUCAGCUUGGAGACCAUCCUUACCUUACAUUCAUAGAGAUGAGGAAGAAAUAUGGAGAUGUUUUUCUCAUCAAACUUGGCAUGGUGCCUGUCCUGGUGGUGAAUGGAAUGGAAAUGGUGAAGCAAGUACUACUCAAGAAUGGAGAGCAUUUUGCAGGCAGACCUAACAUGCACACAUUUUCUUUCCUGGCAGAAGGAAAGAGUCUUUCAUUUUCUGUCAAUUAUGGUGAGAGUUGGAAGCUUCAUAAGAAAAUCGCCUCUAAUGCUUUACGAACUUUCUCUAAAGCAGAAGCAAAAUCCUCCACCUGCUCUUGCUUACUUGAGGAACAUGUCACCGAGGAAGCUGCUGAGCUGGUUAAAGUCUUUGCAGAGCUGACUUCUAAGAAUGGCAGCUUUGAUCCCAGAAAUGCCAUCACGUGUGCAGUAGCCAACAUUGUCUGUGCCCUUUGCUUUGGCAAGAGAUAUGACCAUGGCGACAAGGAGUUUCUUAGGAUAGUUAAAACUAAUGACGACUUACUCAAGGCCUCAAGUGCAGCUAAUCCUGCCGACUUCAUACCAUGUUUUCGCUGCCUUCCACUGAAGAUUAUAAAUGCUCCUCGAGAGUUUUAUCGGGCCUUCAAUCAGUUUGUGGCACGACAUGUACAAGAUCAUCUUACUACAUAUGAUAAGGACCAUAUGCGAGACAUUACUGAUGCUCUGAUUAGUACAUGCCACAACAAAUAUGCCACUACCAAAACGGCCACUUUAAAUGAUGAUGAAAUCAUAAGCACUGUGAAUGACGUCUUCGGAGCUGGUUUUGAAACUGUAUCAACUUGUUUGUAUUGGAGUUUUCUUUAUUUGGUAUUCUAUCCAGAAAUUCAAACCAGAAUUCAAGAAGAAAUUGAUGGAAACAUUGGGCUUAAAUCACCCAGAUUUGAAGACAGGAAAGUUUUGCCCUACACAGAAGCUUUCAUAAAUGAAAUAUUCAGACAUGCCUCCUUUAUCCCUUUUACUAUUCCACAUUGCACCACAGCAGACACUACCCUGAAUGGUUAUUUUAUUCCCAGGAAAACAUGCACCUUUAUUAACAUGUAUCAAGUAAAUCAUGAUGAAACUAUCUGGGAUAAUCCUAGUUUAUUUAGUCCUGAGAGAUUCCUAAAUGAAAACAAGGAACUGAAUAAAAGUCUUGUUGACAAGGUCCUGAUAUUUGGAAUGGGAAUCCGGAAAUGUCUUGGAGAAGAUAUUGCAAGAAAUGAGGUAUUCAUUUUCAUCGUCACAGUUCUGCAACAGCUCAAGCUGGAAAAAUGCCCUGGUGCCAAGAUGGACCUGAAGCCCACAUAUGGCUUGGCCAUGAAGCCCACGCCCUACCAGCUCCGAGCAGAGCCCCGCUCCGAGGCUGGCACGUCUUAGGUUCUCAGCUGGAGGCGGGUUUCUGGUUUAAGUCAGAAAAAUUGUGUGAUUCAAAUUCAUUUAAUAAACAACUUAAAGAUUGUACCCAAAGCCAUGCUAUUAGUUCAAUUCUUUGUCUAUCAUCCUAAUAUAGGAAGUGUCUUUUUAAAGUAUGUGGUAUAGCCUCAGUUCUAAUAUGAGAGAUCGUCUCAUAAGGAUAUUUUAAGAUAAUAAUAAAGUGUGAUGUAAUUCAGGGAUUGUGACCCUAUGUCUCAUGUGGUGGGGUCCCAGGUGUCACAGUGAAUGUGAAAGGAACAGAAAGAUAUGUGGUGGAUUGAACAAAUAGGUAAGGAGGUUCUGUCUACCUUCCUUUACGCCAAUUUCAAAUGGACAGGUAUACUAACAUUGGUUUUAAAGAUAGAGUUCAGAAUGAGAACAAGGUUCUGAUGUUAAAUAUAUAUUUUUUCCAGUAGUCUGGGAAAUUGGUGCUCAAGAUUUCCAGAGAAGGGAGCAAGAGUGGCCUAGAAGAGCAGAGAACAUUUCAGUGGUAAUUGAUUAGCUGAGCUGGUUUUAGAGAAGCAGAGAAAAAGACAUGAGGGGGAAUGUCUUCAAAAUCCAUUCUUAUAUUGGCUCUUACAUUUUCUGUAUUAAGAAUUUAACGUCAGGGCAAGGUGGUGUUUUCACAAUGCUACCAAUUGCUUUUGAUACCUAUUAAAUGUGUACAUGUGUAUUAGCCUGCCAGGGCUGCCAUAACAAAAUACCACAGUCCGGGUGGCUUGAAUAACAGAAAUUUAUUUUCCCGAGAUCAGGGUGUCCGCAGGGCUGGUUUCUCCAAAGGCCUCUCCUCCUUUGUAAGAUUGUCGUCUUCUCAUCAGGUCCCAACAUGGUCUUUUCUUUGUGUGCACACACCCCUUGUGUCUCUCCUUUAUCUCAUAAGGACACCAGUCAUAUUAUAUUGAACCUCAUCCUACUGGCCUCAUUGUAAGUUAACUCUUUAAAGACCUAACCUUCAAUGAAAUACGAUUUCACUCUGAGGUACUGCGGGUUAGUACUUCCACAUGAAUUUUGGGCAUGGGAGAGGGGCACAAUAUAGCCCAG